AUGAAUGAUGACAAGUCAGAGGCAGUGUACUCCAUAGCUGAGGAGAUGGAAAGGGGCUCUGUUGUGGCUAAUCUUGCAGCGGAUUUGGGACUAGAGCCUGGAGGUUUGGCACAGCGAGAGCUUGAUGUUAUCAUAGAAAGCCCCUUACGUAUUUUCAACAUUGAACUUGGAAUAACGGACAUAAAUGAUAACGCUCCACAUUUUCGACGAGACAGGGUUGAGCUCGACGUUUCAGAGUCGGCCACACCGGGAGAGAGAUUCACCCUGCCUAAUGGCGUGGAUCCAGAUGUUGGCAUCAAUACAAUUAAAACAUAUAAACUAAGUGAGAGUGAACAUUUCGCCAUCGAAAUUCAGACGGGCAGUGAUGGAACUCAAUAUGUUGAUUUGGUGUUGACUAAGUCUUUAGACAGAGAGGAGAAUGCUGUUCAUAAUUUAAUACUGACUGCUGUGGACGGCGGAGUCCCUGUGCGCUCCGGCACUGCCAAUAUCAUUGUUAGAGUACAGGAUACAAACGACAAUCCACCUCGGUUUGACAAGCAGACUUACACGAUUAAUAUGACAGAAAAUUCCCCAGUCGGAACCUUAGUGAUGAAGCUGAACGCUACAGAUCUUGACGAGGGUCUGAAUUCAGACAUAGUGUACUCAUUCACCCUUUACACGUCUGAAAAAACACAAGAUGUAUUUGCAUUGAAUCCUACCACAGGGGAGAUAACUGUGAGGGGUACUAUUGACUAUGAAGAUAUGAAAUUUUAUGAGAUGCACAUUGAGGCCAGGGACAAAGGGACUCACCCUUUGUUGGGGCAGUGUAAAGUAGUGGUCCACGUGACGGAUAUGAAUGAUAAUUAUCCGGAAAUAACCGUACAAUCUGUAAAGAACACAGUGGAAGAAAACAUCCCAGUAGGAAGUGUUAUUGCUCUGGUGGGCAUAAGUGACAGAGAUACUGGCGAUAAUGGUAACGUUAGUUUAUCCAUAAAUCAGCCCAUGCCUUUUAUUCUUAACAAGUCAUCAGAUAGACCCAUGCAUUACAAGCUCAUAGUGUCUGAACCCUUAGAUCGUGAAUCAGUACCUGAAUAUGACAUCACACUGAUCGUGACAGAUGCAGGAGAUCCACCUUUAUCUGAUAACGAAACAAUAACUGUGCAUCUCCUGGAUGUUAAUGAUAACGCCCCACAGUUCCCUCAGUCAUUUUAUACUAUACGUGUGAUGGAGAAUAACGCACCUGGAGCCCUGCUCAGCUCUCUCACUGCGUUUGACCCUGACCUCCAUGAAAACCAGUAUCUAGUUUAUUUCAUCCUGGAAAAGGAGAUAGCCAACACCUCCAUGUCCAUGCUGUUCUCCAUCAAUCCAGAGAACGGCAAUCUUUACGCACUGAAAACUUUUGACUAUGAGAUCGAGAAGGACUUUCUUUUCCACAUCGAGGCCAGAGACUCUGGCUCUCCUCCACUCAGCAGUAACGUGACGGUCCACAUCAUUAUUGUGGACCAGAACGACAACGCUCCGGUCAUUGUGUCUCCGUGGCGCGCGCACGGCUCGGUGGUGGAGGAAAAGAUCCCCAGAUCCACCGAUAAAGGCUCUCUGGUGGCCAAAGUCAUAGCCUUAGACACAGACUCGGUGCACAACUCUCGGAUUACCUACCAGUUUCUACAGGUGACUGACGCCACCUUGUUCAGUCUGGACCAGUACAACGGAGAGAUCCGGACUAUGAGGAUGUUCAGUUACAGAGACCCGCGCCACCAGAGACUGGUUGUUGUUGCCAAGGACAACGGGGAGCCUGCUCUGUCUGCUACAGUCACCAUCAAGCUGUCCACAGUGGAGACUGCCGUUAAGGCCUACUCUGACAUGACUGAGGUGCCUCUAGAAUAUGACAUCUUUUCAGACCUCAACCUGUAUCUGGUCAUCGGUCUGGGCUCGGUGUCAUUUCUCCUGCUCAUCACCAUAUUGGUCACCAUCGUGCUCAAGUGUCAGAAACCCAAGCCCAGCAAAGCGGCUCCUCCCUGCAGGAACAGUGUGCUCAGUGAGAGGAACUCCACCAUCGCAGAUUCCACUCUGGUCUCCAACGAUGCCUACUGGUACAGUCUGUUUCUAGCAGAGACCAGGAAAGGAAAGCUGGUGGUCAGACAGCCUGUGCCAAAGGGCUCCAGAUACAUCGUGUCCAGUAUACCGAGAGGGACAGGACUGACAGACACUAGUGACUCAGCAGCUUCAACUCUGCAGGCCAUGAACGCCAUGACGGUGAAUCUUUGUUAG